AGGGGCGGGCGCGCAGCUGGAACCCGAGCGCAGCCGGAGCUACAGCGGGGAGGGCGGCCCGGCGGCCUGGAGCCGGACGUGUCCGGAGCGUCCGUCCCCGCACAGCCGGGCAGCAGGUCGUCCGGGGGCCCACCAUGCUGGUGACUGCCUACCUUUCUUUUGUGGGCCUCCUGGCCUCCUGCCUGGGCCUAGAGCUGUCAAGAUGCCGGGCUAAACCCCCCGGAAGGGCUUGCAGCAAUCCCUCCUUCCUUCAGUUUCAACUGGAUUUCUACCAGGUCUACUUCCUGGCCUUGGCAGCUGACUGGCUCCAAGCCCCCUACCUGUAUAAACUUUACCAGCAUUACCACUUCUUGGAGGGUCAGAUUGCCAUCCUCUACGUUUGUGGCCUUGCCUCCACAGUGCUCUUCGGCCUCGUGGCCUCCUCCCUUGUGGACUGGCUGGGCCGAAAGAAGUCUUGUGUCCUCUUUUCCCUCACUUACUCUCUGUGCUGCUUAACCAAGCUCUCUCAAGACUACUUCGUGCUGCUGGUGGGCAGAGCCCUUGGUGGGCUGUCCACUGCCCUUCUUGUCUCAGCUUUUGAAGCGUGGUACAUUCACGAACACGUAGAGCGGCACGACUUCCCCGCCGAGUGGAUCCCAGCUACUUUUGCCCGCGCGGCCUUCUGGAACCAUGUGCUGGCUGUGGUGGCAGGUGUGGCAGCGGAGGUUGUGGCUAGCUGGAUGGGGCUGGGACCUGUUGCACCCUUCGUGGUCGCCAUCCCUCUCCUGGCUCUGGCUGGCACCUUGGCCCUUCGCAACUGGGGAGAGAACUAUGACCGGCAGCGUGCUUUCUCCAGGACCUGUGCCGGAGGCCUGCGCUGCCUCCUGUCAGACCGCCGCGUGCUGCUGCUGGGCACCAUACAAGCCCUGUUCGAGAGUGUCAUCUUCAUCUUUGUCUUCCUCUGGACGCCUGUGCUGGACCCACAUGGGGCCCCGCUGGGCAUCGUCUUCUCCAGUUUCAUGGCAGCUAGCCUGCUGGGCUCUUCCCUGUACCGCACAGCUACCUCCAAGAGGUACCACCUUCAGCCCAUGCACCUGCUGUCCCUUGCCGUCCUCAUUGUCGUCUUCUCCCUCUUCAUGUUGACUUUCUCCACCAACCCCGGCCAGGAGAGUCCAGUGGAGUCCUUCAUCGCCUUCCUACUGAUCGAGUUGGCUUGUGGGCUCUACUUUCCCAGCAUGAGCUUCCUCCGGAGAAAGGUGAUCCCUGAGACAGAGCAGGCUGGUGUCCUCAACUGGUUCCGGGUACCCCUGCACUUACUGGCCUGCCUAGGGCUCCUUGUCCUCCAUGACAGCGAUAGAAAAACGGGCACUCGGAACAUGUUCAGCAUCUGCUCCGCCAUCAUGGUUAUGGCUCUGCUGGCAGUGGUGGGACUCUUCACUGUGGUGAGGCACGAUGCUGAGCUGCGGGUGCCCUCACCCACCGGGGAGCCCUAUGCCCCUGAACUCUGAAUCUGUUAUAGGAUAAGGGCCUGGGAUGGACUCCUGAAUCCCACCCCUCCAGGGUUGUGUAGGUCUCUGUGACUGUGCCCUGCGGCACCUCCUGCCGGUGCUCUGUACUGGGAAGGACAUGGGGCUGACUGACUGGAAGGAUGGUGCCAAAAGUUGACCGUGUUACACCCUUUCCCGUUGUCAUUCAAAAAUAAAACACUUCAUGGAUCACUGA